CGGACUUUAUUUUGGAUAUUUUUAGAAUUAAUUGUUCUGAAAACAACUUAAUUUAGAGUAUAUUUCAUACAUUAUUGAAGAUGGGUUGUGAAGAAGAAGUUUGUAAAAUAUCAAAGAAGUUAGAUAAGAUGGUUGCAAAUGGCGCUCAGGAACAAGCUAUGGAUUUGCUGAAGGCUCUUCGAGACUUGCCAAUAACAUUGGAUAUAUUACAAAAAACCAGAAUUGGUAUGACUGUGAAUUCACUUAGAAAAUCAUCAAGUGAUGAUGAAGUAAUAACCUUAUCAAAAAGUUUAAUAAAAGCAUGGAAGAAAUUAUUACCAGAAACUCCCAGUGCUAAAACAGAUGGCAAUGGAAGUAGCAAAGAAUCAAAAGGUGAGAACUCUAAUGGAGGUACAGCAUCUAAUCAAUCUCAGAAAAAAGAAUCUGCUAAAGAAGCUGAAUCCAAAUCUUCUGCUACUUCAGCUCCAAAACAGACAUCUUUCCCUGCCGAUACUACAAAUACAGUUAGGCUCAAAUGUCGUGAACUGUUAGCAGCAGCCUUGAAAGUGGAAGUGGAUAUUGAAGAUGAUUUCCAAGACGCUGAAGAACUUGGUGCAAAAAUUGAAGAUUGUAUAUAUGACGAAUUUGGAGAUACAAAUAUGAAGUACAAAAACAGGGUGAGAAGUAGAGUCGCUAAUUUGAAGGAUGCAAAAAAUCCAGCUCUACGAGUCAAUGUUUUAAAAGGAAUAAUUGAGCCUGCUAAAAUUGCUGUUAUGACAGCUGAUGAAAUGGCCAGUGAGGAAAUGAAAACCUUGCGGCAGAAAUUCACCAAAGAAGCCAUUAACGACCACCAAAUGGCAGUCACAGGAGGAACAAAAACUGAUCUUUUGAAAUGUGGGAAGUGCAAGAAAAGCAAUUGUACCUAUAACCAGGUUCAAACAAGAAGUGCAGAUGAACCUAUGACAACAUUUGUAUAUUGCAAUGAGUGUGGACACAGGUGGAAGUUUUGUUAAGUGGUUCAUUCAUCUAUUCCUUAUGUUCAGAAGCACGAUACAAUAGGGCAUCUGGAUUUGUAUUCGUCUAGUGUAAAUAUAUUUUUGUUGGCAUCACAUUUUGCUGAGAAGUUCACUUUGUUAUAAACUGCAUCAUCAUCAUUUACAUAUUUCAGAUGUUUAUAUAAAAAAAAUCAUUUUGCAAUUUUUUAAGAACUACAUGUUAUU